GCCUCCCUCCCCCCCCCGCUCGCUGUCCAGCAUCGGCCCGGUCUCCUCCGCGGCGCUUCCUCCUCCUGCUCCCGCUUUCUGCUUCUUGCCUGCCUCAUGCAGCCUCUCAGGGGUCCCGUCGGCGGGGGAGCCUGCCCCGGUCCGGCCGCCAUCCAGAUCAGCAGGAUCAUGCGCCCAGAUGAUGCCAACAUUGCUGGGAACGUCCACGGGGGCACCAUCCUGAAAAUGAUCGAGGAGGCGGGCGCAAUCAUUAGUACCCGCCACUGCAACUCUCAGUCUGGGGAGCACUGUGUGUGUGCGCUGGCUCGUGUGGAACGCACCGACUUCCUUUCCCCAAUGUGCAUCGGGGAGGUAGCCCACGUCAGUGCAGAAAUCACCUACACCUCCAAGCACUCCGUAGAGGUCCAAGUCAACGUGGAGUCCGAAAACAUCCUUACAGGGGUCAAGAGGGUGACCAACAAGGCUACUCUGUGGUACGUGCCUCUCGCUCUCCAUAACGUGCACAAAGUGUUGGAAGUGCCUCCGAUUCAGUAUCUGCAGAAGGAGCAGGAAGAGGAAGGCCGGAGACGCUACGAGGAGCAGAAGCUGGAGCGCCUGGAGACCAAGGAGAGGAACGGGGAUGUCAUCCUGCCGGUGAUCAACCCAGAUAGGCAAAGAAAAGAGCCCUACACGGUGGGCUUCAGCCAGUCCAGCUUGAUCCACCUGGUGGGACCGUCUGAUUGCACCAUGCAUGGAUUCGUCCACGGAGGUGUCACCAUGAAGCUGAUGGACGAGGUCGCUGGGAUUGUUGCCGCUCGCCACUGCAAGACCAACAUAGUCACGGCAUCCGUGGAUGCCAUCAAUUUCCACGAGAAGAUUAAGAAAGGCAGCGUGAUCACCAUUUCUGGCCGCAUGACCUUCACCAGCAACAAGUCCAUGGAGAUCGAGGUGUUUGUGGAUGCCGACCCCUUUGUGGACGAGUCGCAGGAGCGAUACCGCGCGGUCAGUGCCUUCUUCACUUACGUCUCUCUGAGCAAGGAGGGCAGGCCACUCCCGGUCCCGCAGCUGGUGGUGGAGACGGAAGAAGAGCGGCGGCGCUUUGAGGAAGGGAAGGGCCGCUACCUCCAGACCAAAGCCAAGCGCCAGGCACAGCUGCAGCCGCUGACUCAGCAAUGACGCCCGGCCCGCUUCCAGCCGAGCGCCGUGCUCUGCACACCUCCCGAAACAUCUCCACUUGGGGCAAAGGGAUGGCCGGCCCGGAGGCGGCCUUGGAUGCCCCCCAACUCUUCAGAGGACUGGUCCCCCGUCACUGGUUAGGAGCCCCCGCUCCACCCACCCCGGCAGCUGGGAGGUCUCUUGGGCUUGGGGCAGAGCGUGGGGAGCGUUGCGCGCCCGAGGAGUCGUGGAUUCCUCCCAGGGCCUCGGUAAGCGCUGCCUCCGUCUGUCCUCCACUUUGAAAAGCUUGUUGCCUUCACAACUUGGGCCCCUUGUGCUGCAAGUGUGGGCCUACAACUCCCAGCAUCCCUGGCUCUUGGCCACACUGGCUGGGAAUGGUGGGAGUUGUAGUCCCCAAGCCGCCGGCGGGCUGAAGUUCUGCAGCCCUGCAAGCCUAAACGAAGACCACGGGGGUCCUCGCGAUGGCUGUUCCAAUUUGGCUUGACCUCUCAGCAUCUCCCCGCUCCGUACCCGAGUUCUCUGCAGAGCUGGAGGUGCCGUUCGUGCGGAUCAUCCAGGGCCCCGCCUGUCCGGGCCGUGCCGUUCUUUCAUUCCCGUUCCAUGCUGCCCGUGAGCACCAAAAGCUUCGUCAUGCUAGCCCCACGCCGCCAGUGCUGCUUGGUCUUCUGUCAGGCGGGUCCCUCUUCGUUCCAUUCCACCUUUCUUGAAAUAUAAAUAUAGAUAUGUCUAAUUUAUUUAAGGAAUAUUGUGAAUAAAGGCCCGUGUUUGCCUUUGAAUGGGA